AUGCUUCCUGAAAUCACCUACGCUCCGCCCAUCCCGAUGGAUGAGCCUCCUGCCAAGCAAGAGACUACCGACGACAGCUCCGAAGAAGAGGCCAUCGGGUCGCCGUGGCCCAUCAUCCUCUUCAGCACGCUCAUUGCUACUGGCGGUCUGAUCUUUGGCUACGAUAUUGGAACCAUUGGUGGAAUGAUCGACAUGCCUGCAUUCACCAGCACUUUUGGCGACAACACCACGGGCACACAGCCGGCGUUCUACAGCAUCACGAAGGGAGCACUGAUUGGAAUUUCCAGCAUGGGAGGAUUCGUUGGUGGCAUUCUUAGUAUUCUUCUAAUUACCCCCUUUGGAUUGCGUCCCACGAUUUUCAGCGCCGGUCUCAUUUACGCAGUUGGAAACCUCAUCACCUUCACCGCGAAAGUGUGGGUCCAGGUGAUGUUUGGCCGUGCGUUGAACGGCAUGGCCAACGGCAUUGUUUGUGUCACGUGCCCGAUGUUGAUCAGCGAGCUGGCCCCAACCAACAUGCGCGGCGGGAUGAUUUGUAUCCAGCAGCUGCUCACCACAGUGGGGAUCCAGAUUGGGUCCGUCACCAUGUAUUUGAGUCAGAUGUACUUCGACAACACCAGUUCUUUGCAAUACCAGGUGCCGCUACUUGAAGGAAUUGUCUGGGCCCUUGCUACGUGCGCUUUGAUCUGGGUGGUGCCGGAGUCUCCGUACUGGUAUUUGACCAGCCGCAAGCUCGUGGAGAAGUCCAAGGCGUCGGUGGCCAGAGCGCGGUCGCUUGGCGUCAACGACCCAGGAGUGCUGCGCAUUGUGGCCAUUAUGUUCAACAACAACUCUGACGAGGACGAAGAUGCAGCAAAUAGAGAGAAACGGUCCAUCAGAAAGGGACAGCCAAAGUAUCUGUUGCGCACCCUGACUGGAAUCAGCGUUCUGUGCUGUCAACAGCUCACGGGGAUCAACUACUUCUUCUUUUUCGGCACCACUAUUUUUGCAACCAUCGGUCUAACCAACCCGUACUUGGUGCCAAUUUUCUUCGGGUUCGUGAACUUGAUAUUUUCCGUUGUGUCGCUGUUCAUCAUCGAGCGAUUCAACCGUACCACACUGCUGAUGUCCGGAUCGGUGCUGCUGGUCUCCUUCAUGCUGAUCUUCACCACCGUGAGCCUGGUCUCUGUCAACAACAUGAACGUGGUGUCAGGUGUACUUAUGGUGACGGUCUCGUGUGGAUUCAUCGGGGUGUUUGCUACAACGUGGGGCCCGCUGAGUGGGGUCGUGGUGUCUGAGCUGUAUCCGAUCUCGAUCAAGGUCAAGGCAAUGUCGAUUUGCGGGUCGGCCAGUUGGCUGGUGACAUUUGUCAUGACACUAAUCACCCCACCCCUUACAGAGCUAUUUGGCUUUGGAAUUGGGUUUGUGUUUGUGUUCUUCAACGCGCUAGGGUUCGCGCUGGUCUACUACCUUGUUCCAGAAACCAAGGGAAUGCCACUCGAGAGACUCGACGAGCUUUACGAGCAACAAUAA